CGUGGCCUGUUCAAUACUCUAAGUAUGUCCCAGCCCCUGCUGACGUGGCUCGUCUGGCAAUGGGAAGGUUCGUACCACUCAAAGGGAUGGUACAGUUGGGUGGAUCAGGGACUUCUGCUGGAGGUGGAGGUGGGGGAGGCAGCUUGAUAGGUGGAGGAGGAGGAGGAGGAGGAAGAGGAGGAGGAGGAGGAGGAUGGAACCGAGGAUUGACGAAGCCACGUGGCACAUGGCUGAAAACCAGUGGGAUAGCGACGUUGACCAUAAUUAGAAGGAUUGACUCGAGGGCGUCCACUAUUUCCAUUUUCGUCAAGGGUCGACUACACGAAGAACACUACAUCUCCGCCUUGAAGUUCAUUCACAGCAAACCGCAAGGAGCGAAUGGGUUCGGAGGUGGAGAGGAGGAGGAGGAGGAGGAGGAGGAGGAGGCGGUGCAUGAUCCAGUCAUGGCAACGGGAGGAAAAUUGGUUGGCUCGAAAAGGGCUCCUUUGAGAGGUGGGGAGGUGAAAUUUAACCCCUUGAGAAAGAAGGCAGUGAUAUUUGGCAUCCAAAUCGACGGGUCCACACAAACUUCAGUGAACAAGUUCGCUCUGGGUUUUGACACCGUGGAAGAUUCACUGGCGUGCUUCCAGACAAUGCAGGAGAUUGUGCGCAAGGAAUGGCACGUAAUGCGGACGUCAAUGAGGAAAGAACACAGCGGGAAAGUCAAGGAGAAAAAGCGCAAACUCCAGAGUUCAAGUCAACAAAGCCAACCUCCUGUUGGUAAUACUAUUCCGUCUGGUCUUCCCUUUCGGCAUGACAAUGACCAGGCGGUCCAGGCGAUGCUGUCGGGAGUGGAGGACACAUGCAGUUCUGGUCAAGGUGUGAAUGAUGGCGCCUGGUCUGAAGUGGUUGACGAAAGGAGAAGCGGCGUCGUUAUGCCAGCUACUCAGUCAACCUUAUCUGUCGAAGAAAACUGCACCAUGCAUUCGGGGCUCUCAACUCAAUUACCGAGCGGUCCUUUGGAUGGUAGAGCGGACUUGGAGCUGGCAGGUGGGCAGUUGAUGACUGCGGUGAAUAACGAUCAGGCCUUGGCAAUUACUGACAACCAACUUCAAAGCCAGUGGAACGUGGAUGGAGACGAAUUUAUCCGCACUAAGAUUCAGGAAUACUUGCUGGACCCUAACUUCCAUGGUACGGUCAUUUACAUGCAUUCAUGCAUACGUGGCUCGCGUAGAGAGAAUUUGGGACGAGAUCGAGCACAAUCUUUCAGGAGAGAUGGAAGCUGUUCGUCGGAAGCGCAGCUUAGAAGAAGACAACACAGGCAAGGAGCACGGUGUGGAAUCUAUGGAGGACAUUGGAAAGCCGUGUCCCUGAACGCAAGUUGAAACGUCAUCUCCAGUGAUUCAAAAAAAUCACUAAGGGAUGCAUCAAGGGUGAUGCGAUCUGUGUGGAAUUUCGUCCAGCUGACUCCAGCAGAUGCCUUUUUAAGGACACUGUGAUAUUUUUCGCAUUCGAGCACCUCGUUGUUCUCUGCUAAGUUCUAACUGUGUUUUCUACGAUUCUCGCUGCCUCCUUCACUUCUCCUCGGCACAGUAUGGUUGCAGUGCAUGCUCGCUGUGUUUUUUUAUCUGUGGUCCCCAUUCUCUUUGUCACAAUGAGGAUGCAAUUGCUGCCCACAUC